UGGCACACGGGCACCAUGAUGAUGGUGGAGUGGCAGCCACAUGGACCAAUGAGGAGCGGCGCUUCUGCGACAGGGCAGGGCGGAGAGGGCCGGCGCGGGGCGGGCCGGGGCGGGAGUCGCGGGGCCGGGGCGGCGGGAGCAGGAGCUGGAGGCGGCGGUGGCGGCGGCGGCGGCGGCAGCCGGAAGAGGAGGAGGGGGAGGGGGAGGGCUGGGAAGCAGCAUGGUCCAGGCUGCACCAUGGGACCAGAGAGGGUGACAGCCCGGGAGCUGUGUGAGAACGAUGACCUCGCCACCAGCCUGGUCCUCGAUCCCUACCUGGGCUUCCGCACACACAAGAUGAACGUCAGCCCAGUGCCUCCUCUGCGUCGACAGCAGCACUUGCGCUCAGCGCUAGAGGCCUUCCGGAAGCAGCGCGACUUGGAGGCUGCCUACCGGGCCCUGACCCUGGGCAGCUGGAUGGCCCACUACUUCCAGAGCCGCGGCCCGCAGCAGGAGGCUGCCCUCAAGACCCAUAUCUAUCGCUACCUUCGCGCCUUCCUGCCCGAAAGCGGGUUUGCCAUCCUUCCCUGCACCCGCUACUCUCUGGAGACCAAUGGGGCCAAGGUGGUGUCGACACGCUCCUGGAAGAAGAACGAGAAGCUGGAGCUGCUGGUGGGCUGCAUCGCUGAGCUGCGCGAGGCCGACGAGGGCUUGCUGCGAGCUGGGGAGAACGACUUCAGCAUCAUGUACUCCACCCGGAAGCGCAGUGCCCAGCUGUGGUUGGGCCCCGCGGCCUUCAUCAACCACGACUGCAAGCCCAACUGCAAGUUUGUGCCUGCAGACGGGAAUGCAGCCUGCGUGAAGGUGCUGCGGGACAUCGAGCCCGGGGACGAGGUUACCUGCUUCUACGGGGAUGGCUUCUUCGGGGAGCGCAACGAGCUGUGCGAAUGCUGCACCUGUGAGAGGAAGGGAGAAGGCGCCUUCCGUCUGCGGCCCCGGGAGCCUGCAGCCCCGACUCCCAGGACCUGUGAAAAGUACGAGCUGAGGGAGACCGAGAGGAGGCUGCAGCGCUACUGGGAGACCCGGGGGGCCCGGCAGGGGCUCGGGCCACCAGGGGCCCAGCGCUGCUCCCACUUCCACACCUUGAACCGCCUGGACCUGCUGUGCGCUCUCUGCCAGCCCCUGCGCCUGCAGCCCCUCGGGACCCACUCGGAUCCCUCUGCCCUGUGGGUGCAGUGGCUGCCGCAGCCCCCCCCCCCUCGGCGCCGCCGCCGCCGCCGCCGGCCACCCCGACGUCGGCUGACCCGGGUGGCCCCACACCCUCGGGUCCCGCGAGUGUCCCUGCACCGGUGGGGCGGCUGCGGGCCCCGGUGCCGCCUCCGAGGCGAGGUCACGGUGGCCUUGUCCCCGCCCGCACCCGCCUGCGUCCCGGCCCGCCCUGCCCCGCUGCAGGACUGGCACUGGGCCCGGCGCUACGGGCUGCCCUGCGUGGUUCGAGUGGACCUGAGCGGCGCCACCCCGGUCCCCAGCGCCCCCGCCAGCCUUGGGCCCGCGGGUCCCGAGCCCCCCAAGCGGACCCUGGCCUUUGGCCCCUUCUCGCCCUCCAAGCGUCUGCGCCUUGUGGUCAGCCACGGCUCCAUCGCCCUUGACGUCAAUGGGGGGCACUGAGGGUAAGUGGGGGGCGCUCGGCGUGCCCCCGGCCCUCCUCCUCCUGCAGGCUGGCCCUCCACAGCUACCUAGGAGGGAGCCGGCCCACUCCCGGGACCUGGGCACGCAAGCUGGGCUUCCGCUCAGGGCCGUCUCUCUCUCUCUCUCUCGACUCCCCCCUCCCUCCCCCAGUCAGUCAGGCUUGUACAGGACACCCUGUCCCGGGUUCGAGGGUGCCCACGGCCCAGCUCUUGGGGCCAGACUUUCAGGGCUUCUCUUCCUUUCUCUCCCAGCUAGUUCCCUGAAGGCUUGAGCCAGGCGUCCCAGGAAAGUGGGGCGGGGGGGCUAGAUUUCAGGGUGCUGCUCCUCCCCCUGUGCUCGGGAUCCCCAAUCCUUUCAUAGGGAGCCCCUUCCUCCUUCCCCUUGCCCGGGGCCCUCUUGGGGGGGGGUUAUGGGGGCGGCGGCCGCCCUCCCGUCUGACCCGGCAGGGAUAACCUUAGCAAGGGGCGGCCGCCACCUGGUGGCAGGAGACCCCAACCCAGCAGGGAGGGACAGCAAGGAUCCCUCCCUCAGCCUCAGGAUGGUUCUAGACUUUUACCUCCUGCCUCAGUGGCACCCCGCCCCCCCAGGGGGAAAGCCAUAAAGGGGGAGGGGAGGGGGCUCCCGCAGCCGCCCCCCCUGGCUCUCAGGGAGGCCGCCCCGCCUCAUCUUUCUCAUGGUGCUAUAGCUCCGGUGCCUCCCGGGGAGUGAGGGGAGCGGGGGCCAGCACAGCCAGCCGGGGCCCUCGGCCUCCCCACCCCGGUCCCAGGGAUUGCGGACACUGGGUGACGGGCAGUUUGCAACUGGUUUUUUAAUAAAAGUCUUCUUGUUAA